AUGCUAACUAGAUCAACGUCUGGCACGGAUUCACGGAUUCACGGAUUCGAGGCGUUUGCCCAAGAUUUCCGGGUCGAUUUUGUUCUUGCACAAGUGAAAAAAGGGUGUAGCACUGCUCUUUAUGUUCUCAGCGCCGGGCAGUAUGCUUGCCAGCGCGAGGAUUCGCAUAGAUUAAUGUCUAAUUGUGCUUUAAAUUGGGUUCUAAAACGAGCGUGUACAACCGUCGGAGGAAGGUUAUUCCACGCAGCUACUACCCAAAAUGAGAAACAAUUCUGUCUAGUGAAUGUGUGUGCUCUGAGCUUGAAAAUUUUCCUACUAUGUCCCCGCCGUGUGUUUGCUUGGUCAACGGCCGGCAACCAUUCUCGUGGCGGCCCGCUGGACACGCUCAAUGAGGGUGAUGUCUUUUGUGCGUCCUGA